AUGAUUCUCACCGGCUUCUCUGACCGUCUUGUCUCUCCUCGCACCCCCUCCCGUGUGCUCACCCUGGGGUGCUCCGUGCCGCCUCCUGUGGCCGGGCACCUGCACCCGGUCCUGGACCCUCCUGGGCCCCUCCUGGCCUCUCCGGGCUUUGGACCCCUGUUGCAUGGGCCUGGGCCGGGCAAGCGGGAGGGAGGUGGGGCCCCGUGUGCAGAAGGGGAGACUGAGGCCGGGGAGCUCGAGCUGGGCCCUCCCCGCAGGUACCCCCUGUACCAGGCCGGGAACCCCCAGCUGCGCGUCUUCCGCACCAACUUCUUCGUCCAGCUGGUGAGGCCGGGCACAGCCCAGCCCGAGGACACGGUGCAGUUCCGCAUCCCCAUGGAGAUGACCAGGCUGGACCUCAAGAACUACCUGCAGAGCAUCUACCGCGUGCCCGUGGCCGCUGUGCGCACCCGCAUCCAGCACGGCUCCAACAAGAAGCGGGACCACCGGAACGUGCGCAUUAAGCAGCCGGACUACAAGGUGGCCUACGUCCAGCUGGCUCACGGGCAGACCUUCACGUUCCCGGAUCUGUUUCCCGAGAGGGAGCUCAGCCCCGAGGCGGGCUCCGUGGACGCCAUCCAGAGCCAGUUUCUCGAGGACGAAAAGCAGAGGCAGAAGGGGGACCCCCGGCGCGGGGGGGUGCCCGACUGGUUCGGCUUGUGACGGGCGGCAGAAUUAAAGCUGGGCCUGCGGGAAGCCCAGAGCGA